UUCGAUGCCAAACAGCUGAGUAGUCUAAAAAUAGAGUAAACAACGCCACCGCACGUGCUGCAUUUGAAUUUAAAUAAGUUAAUUAGAACAUGGCUGGUCGAAUGGAGCUGCUUAGUGAGCAGGGAUUGCGUCUGGAUGGUCGCCGGCCACACGAACUCCGCCAUAUCAAGUGCAAGCUGGGCGUCUUCGAACAGCCCGAUGGCAGCGCCUACAUGGAACAGGGCAACACCAAGGUGCUGGCCGCCGUCUACGGGCCGCAUCAGGCCAAGGCCAAGAAAAGCGAAGGCAACGAUCUGAUCAUAAACUGCCAAUACAGCCAGGCGACUUUCUCCACGGCGGAGCGCAAGAACCGACCACGCGGCGAUCGCAAAUCGCAAGAAUUCAAAAUGUAUUUGCAACAGGCGCUGAGUGCAGCGAUUAAAUCCGAACUCUAUCCACGCUCCCAGAUCGACAUCUAUGUGGAGGUGUUGCAGGCGGAUGGUGCCAACUAUGCGGUGUCUCUAAACGCCGCCACACUGGCCCUAAUUGAUGCGGGCAUCUGCCUAAACGAAUUUGUUGUCGCCUGCACCGCAUCGUUGAGUAAAUCCAACAUUCCACUGACGGACAUCUCCCACAUUGAGGAGGUGUCGGGUGGCCCAAAGCUCACGAUAGCCGCAUUGCCCACAGCCGAGAAAAUUGCCUUUAUGGAGAUGAGCGAGCGUUUUCACAUCGAUCAGUUGGAGACCGUGAUUGAGACAGCGAUGGCCGGUUGUCGGGAAAUCCGAGAUAUUCUCGAGGCUGCCGUCAAGGAGCAUCUCAUUCACAUUGGCAGUGCCGCCGACUGGGCGCGUGUAUGUUAACAUAAAUGCAUAUUUAUACAAAAACAA